AUGUCCGUUCAAGACUUCGUGGCGGCUACGGGCGCGCCCAUUGCGACUGCGGAACGAUACAUGUCUAAAAAUGGAGGGGAUCUCCAAGGAGCAUUGGCAGAGUAUGCGUCACAGAGGCGCAGUCGACCUGCGGGCGGAGUGACGUCGUUGCGCGAUCUCCAGAACCGCGAAAACAGCGAUGAUCCGAACCACCUGUUUACGGGGGGCGAGCGUUCGGGACUCGAAGUGGAAGGCCCAGGAAGCCGCGGCAGAAACAGAGCCGAUGGUGGCCCCGACAUUGUCGGCCGCAUUAUUGAUCAGGCCCGCAAUAUGGGUCCGAGCCUGGAAGAUCUCAGCGACGACGAGCUCGGAUCACACAACAGUCGCCAUCCGUUUACUAGCACAGCCGGGUUUCGUUUGGGCACACCCGAUACUACCGGCGGGCCGGUGACCAGUGCAGUGCAGGAGCCCGAAGCAACGCCGCAGCGGGUCAAGCGGACCAUCUAUUUUUGGCAGGACGGAUUCAGCGUUGACGAUGGAGAUUUGUACCGUUACGAUGAUCCAACAAACGUGCGCUAUUUGGAGUCGAUCAACUCUGGCCAGGCACCUCUCGAAGUCCUGGGGGUGGUCUCCAACCAGUAUGUGGAUGUUCGCGUCGAACAGAGAAUGAAUGAGCCCUAUGUGCAGCCUAAACGCAAGCCCACAUUCGAGAGUUCCGAGGGCCAACGGCUGGGAACCAUGGGACCCUCGUCGACGCAGGCGUCGAUGCCUCCCCAGGCAGAAUCCGGUUCUUCAGCGGCGGUUGAGGACGGACCAGGCGGAGAUACGCUGAUUCAAGUGCGCCUCGCAAACGGCCAACAGCACCGCGCCCAUUUUGAUGGUCAGGGCACUAUUCAGCAGCUGUAUGAUUAUGCUGAUGCUCUCAACGGCGACAGAGCGUUUGUGAUGAGCACCAUGUUUCCCAUGCGUGCUCUCGAUGAUCGCAGCGAGACCUUGGAAAAGGCUGGCCUUAAAAACUCGGUUGUUGUUCAACGGUAUACUUAA